AGCUGUAAAGUGGGCAGUCCUUCCUACAGCGGACCUGUCGCGCACAAUAUUAAGCAUGAAGUCAGUCCCUCUAUGUGCGGGGAUCAAACCUCUCCCUCCACUACUGCUGCUUUCAUCCAUGAUCGCGCGCCGAGGAGCAAACUGACCGCUUUUUCACUCCACACACGCGGGGAACUUUGUGGAUGUCACCAGAAAACAACAGUCCUAGGACAAUCAUUACGCAACAACUACCUUGCUUUUUCCACGGAUUAAUUUCUCAACACCAGGAUUGAUACCCUGGCAGGCGGGGUGAUGGAUUUUAACCUUCUAGCGGACAGCGAGGCCCGCAGCCCGGCGCUCUCCCUCUCCGACUCCGGGACGCCGCAGCACGACCAGGGAUGCAAAGGCCAGGACCACAGUGACACAGAGAAGACCCACCAGAACCAGCUGGAUGAGUCCAGUGCGGAGGACGGCUCCCUGAAGAAAAAGCAGCGCCGGCAGCGGACCCACUUCACCAGCCAGCAGCUCCAGGAGCUGGAGGCCACUUUCCAGAGGAACCGCUACCCGGACAUGAGCACCCGCGAGGAGAUCGCUGUCUGGACCAACCUCACAGAGGCCCGCGUCAGGGUGUGGUUCAAGAACCGGCGUGCCAAGUGGAGGAAGCGAGAGAGGAACCAGCAGGCGGAGCUGUGCAAGAACGGCUUCGGUGCCCAGUUCAACGGGCUGAUGCAGCCCUACGACGACAUGUACACGGGCUACUCCUACAACAACUGGGCCACAAAGAGCCUGGCGGCCAGCAGCCCCCUCUCGGCCAAGAGCUUUCCCUUCUUCAACUCCAUGAACGUCAGCCCGCUGAGCUCACAGCCCAUGUUCUCGCCACCCAGCUCCCUACCCUCCAUGAACAUGCCCCCCAGCAUGGUGCCGUCGUCUGUGGCCGGCGUGCCCUCCGGCGGCCUCAACAACCUCGGCAACCUCAACAACCUCAACGGGCCGUCUGGGCUCAACUCGGCGGUGUCGGCCGCCACCUGCCCCUACGCCAGCUCGGCCAGCCCCUACAUGUACAGAGACACCUGCAACUCCAGCCUGGCCAGCCUGCGGCUAAAGGCCAAGCAGCACGCCACCUUCGCCUACCCCACCGUGCAGAACCCCGUGUCCAACCUGAGCCCCUGUCAGUACGCUGUGGACCGGCCCGUAUGAAGCACGGGCCGGAGCCACUGGUCCACCACCACCACCGCUACAACCCCCCGCCCUUACCCUCUUCAACUCUUCACCCCCACCACUGCCACCCCCACCCCCCCGACAAAUAUCCCAUCCUCCCACCUGGAAGUCUCAAUGUCCCCCCCCCCUAGGAGUCUCCCAGCUUUACAGAGGAAAAAACAACAACACUAUUCUUACCCAUGAUGGCUCACUUUGAGUGGGACGAGGGAUCACUGAUGAAUGGAUUGUGCAUGACAUGAAUAAUCUCCAGAACCCAAACAGCCCUCACCCCUUCUCUCCCAACC